CUCCGCCUCCACACGCGUCGCAAGGGCCGGGGCGGGCCCGGGGGCGGGGCCGGAGCGCGGCCUGCGGGGUCCAAAGUGGUGGCUGCUGCUUAAGCGCACCGUGAGGUCCGGCGGCAUCAAAACUAGAAAUAAUAAUUAGGAAUGGCUGUGGAGGAACUUCAGUCCAUAAUUAAAAGAUGUCAAAUUCUAGAAGAGCAUGACUUUAAAGAAGAAGAUUUUGGCCUGUUUCAGUUAGCAGGCCAGAGAUGUAUAGAAGAAGGGCACACGGACCAACUAAUAGCAAUUAUUCAAAAUGAAAAGAAUAAAGUCAUCAUUAAGACUAUGGGCUGGAAUCUUGUUGGUCCUGUUGUUCGGUGCCUUUUAUGGAAUGAUAAAGAUGAUAAAAGAAAAGAUUAUUUUCUGAUGCUUGAUUUAUUGGUAAAGUUAUGUAAUCCAAAGGAAUUAUUGUUGGGUUUGCUUGAACUGAUUGAAGAGCCCUCUGGAAAACAGAUAUCCCAAAUUAUUCUUCUUUUACUUCAACCUUUACAAACAGUGAUUCAGAAACUUCGCAACAAUAAGGCAUAUUCAGUUGGGUUAGCAUUGUCUACCCUUUGGAGUCAAUUAUCUCUUCUUCCUGUUCCAUACUCAAAAGAACAAAUACAAACAGAUGACUAUGGCCUUUGUCAAUGUUGCAAGGCCUUAAUAGAGUUCACUAAACCUUUUGUGGAAGAAGUUAUUAAUGACAAAGAAAACAAGGAAAAUGAAAAAUUAAAGGAUGAAUUACUGAAAUUUUGUUUCAAAAGCUUGAAAUGCCCUUUGCUGACAGCACAAUUCCUUGAACAAUCUGAAGAAGCUGGAAGUGAUCCUUUUAGAUGUUUUGCAUCUGAGAUAAUAGGGUUUUUAUCAGCUAUUGGACACCCUUUCCCCAAAAUUAUUUUUAAUCAUGGAAGGAAAAAGAGGACUUGGGAUUACCUUGAAGUUGAGGAAGAAGAAGACAAACAAUUAGCAGACUCUAUGGCUUCUCUGGCAUAUCUAGUAUUUGUUCAGGGCAUCAGUAUUGAUCAGCUUCCAAUGGUCUUAAGCCCAUCAUACCUUUUGCAGUUUAAUAUGGGGCAUAUUGAAGUCUUUUUGCAAAGAACAGAAGAGUCUGUUUUCUCCAAAGGAUUGGAACUGCUGGAGAAUGGUUUAUUGAGAAUAGAAGACAACAGUAUACUUUACCAGUACUUAGAAAUCAAGAGUUUUCUUACUGUACCUCAGGGCUUAGUCAAAGUGAUGACACUUUGUCCCAUUGAGACAUUGAGGAAAAAGAGUUUAGCUAUGCUUCAACUGUAUAUUAACAAGUUGGAUUCACAAGGCAAAUAUACUUUAUUUAGGUGCUUAUUGAAUACAAGUAAUCACUCAGGUGUGGAGGCCUUUAUUAUUCAAAAUAUCAAAAAUCAGAUUGACUUGUCAUUUAAGAAAACAAAAAACAAAUGGUUUACAGGACCACAGCUGAUUUCUCUUUUAGAUUUGGUACUGUUUCUCCCAGAGGGUGCUGAAACAGAUUUACUGCAAAACUCAGAUAGGAUUAUGGCUUCAUUAAAUUUAUUGAGAUAUUUAGUUAUCAAAGAUAAUGAAAAUAACAGUCAGACUGGAUUAUGGACAGAACUUGGAAAGAUUGAGAAUAAUUUCUUAAAGCCACUUCAUACAGGACUUAAUAUGUCAAAAGCACAUUAUGAAGCAGAAAUUAAAAAUAGCCAAGAAAACAGCCAAGCAGUCCAGAAGUCUAAGGAUCUUUGUUCUGUAACUGUCGGUGGAGAAGAGAUCCCUAAUAUGCCCCCUGAAAUGCAACUUAAGGUCCUACAUUCAGCUCUUUUCACGUUUGAUUUGAUUGAAAGUGUUCUGGCUCGAGUAGAAGAACUCAUUGAAAUAAAAACAAAGUCUACCUCUGAAGAAAAUGUUGGGAUAAAGUAAAAGUGUUACUUUCUAAAUAAAAACUAAUAAAGUACA